AUGGAAGACCAUCACGACGACGCCGGAGCGCCCCCAUCGGAAAUCGAUGUGUAUCUCCACGAGGAGUCGCGCGUACUGAUAUGUUCGGUGUGUAAGGGUGGCAUCCAGCCCGGGCCCGGCAUUGAGUCCCACUUCCGGCGGAGGCACCGCCGCAACGGCAGGUGGGCUGGCGGACCCACAGACAGCGGAGACACCGGCAGAUGGAACGUCGCCCGUCCCAGAGCUCCGGCUGCAGGCCGGGUUCAGCUGCAUAGCAUGCCGCUUCUUAACAACAAACGAGAUGGUGAUCCGGCAGCACUGGACAGGGAGGAAUUCGGAGGUGGACGACAGCCAUGGUUGCUAUGA